AUGACCUGCGCUUCGGCUCAUUACCGAGUCGCCAAAAAGCCAAGGUCCAUUCCCGUCAAGGCAGAAGCAAAUUCACACCAGUACGUCAAAGCGGCAACUACGGACGCUAUCUUCGGGCAGAUAUGGGGGCAUCGAGGGGAGAGGAGACAAGCCGUGCUACUUGGUGAGUACGAUACUGAGUACAAGUCCAUCCCACCUCGCAUUGCCGGACUAGUCACGCGCAAGUGCAUACUGACUGUAUCAGCACCUGGGAUAACUGCCGUCGACGAUGAAAUCAUGCAGUGCUUCCCCAAGGUGCGAUCGACGCCUCCCAGAUGUCCCCCAGUCCACUCCAACCCUCACGUAUUAUCGCCAACCGAUCGAAUUACGUAA